CGUGGGACACGAUACACCUGUCGUCCUCCUCUUGAACGCUCUUUCAAAGAAGUUUCCCUACCCGAGACGCAUCCGAAAGAAUGGCGGGUAACGGCGUUCCGGUUCUACUGGUCACCGCGAACGUUGGCAGUAUUUUCGAGGAGCCUAGCGUUAUGUUGAAAAUUUGGACGGAAGAAUUUUUAUCUACUAUAUUGAGGCUGGAUCCAAAGUUUAUUGCACUGCACUGCCAAGAAGUAGGUGGAAAAAAUUAUGAAGAAAGUAUGAGGCAUGUCGAAGACUUUGUUAGGUUACUUAUGUCGUCAGAAGAGUUAAGGCUGUUUGAUAAAAUCAGAGUAUUUUUAGACGAGGACUAUUCGUCUGCUGAACAUUUUACGGCACUUGGAAACUUUUACUUCGUACACGAAUCUUUGAAAGAAGUUUUGUUAUGGGACUUCCAAGAAUGUACUUUUGUACCAGUAAGUGGAAAAGAGGUUCAUUCUGGUAACAUAGAAGCAGUUGCAACCAAAGAAAAAGCAAAGUUUCCUCAGGAAUUUUUUCCAGAAUGUAAAUGGUCUAGAAAAGGAUUUCUGAGAACACGAUGGAGUAUUAGUGGAACAGUUUUUGAUCUCAUAAACAUACACUUAUUUCAUGAUGCCAGUAACUUCAUCGCUAUGGAAACGUUCCCAUCUGUAUACAGUAAAACGCGCAGGAGAGCGCUCGAGCAUACAUUAGAUAGGUUUCAUAACGAUAAAUAUCCAAAUGUACCAUACUUUUUAUUCGGAGACUUUAAUUUUAGAACAGACACGGCUAGCGUAAUUAAAAAACUUACAGAAGAUACUCAAGAAAGAACAUUAUCGAAUAAAGGAAAUGUUUCGAAACUGCAAUUUCACAAUAAAGACGAUGAUCUCAUACUAACAUUAGGAAAGAAAGAAUUUUCUCAUUUCGAACAUCAAAACGUUUUUAUGAAAAAUAGCGGACAGUGGCUACGUGAAUAUGACAAAGAGCUGGAAGACUUUGAUGGAAGACUAUUUGAAUUUCCCAUUGAAUUUGUACCCAGUUACCCGUUUGAGGAAGAUGUCAAUGAAGGUUCAAAUUAUAUGCAGACAAGAGUUCCAGCUUGGUGCGACCGAGUUCUACUGAGCUCUACAGCGAAAAUGCUAGUCCAAGAUACAUCAUCAUCGGAUGCCGUGGAAUAUGGGAUAAUAGGUCCGACAACCUGCAUGGGUGACCAUAAGCCAGUCUACUUGAGGGUUAAUCUCGCCUCGGACGAAGGUAUGAUAAACUGCUGCAACUUGUCACGUGCACCUGAGUUUUGCUUUCGAGUGCCAGAGAAUUACGUGGAGUUAUUGUCCAUGUUGCCUGAUUAUAGUAGUUACGUUAGCCGACGGAUCAAUUACACCGAUCGUUCGACUAAUCUGUUGCACGCAGUACCCAUUAAGCAUGAUCCCUACACUCCUGAUAGCAUGGACAGCCCGAGUCCAAAUGCUAUAAUAGUAGCCUCUAGCGAGGUUCCAGACGUAGAUCUAGGUAACAUAAACGAAUGCGACUACAACGCUACGUUGUCAUCCGCACACGCGUCGAGCAUAGUCAGACGCGUCGACAGAGCUGUAUCGCCAGCCUUGUUGAAAUCAAAGCUAGAACUGAUCGUACGAAGUAAAAAACAGGAGGCAACGGACACGGACCAAGACGUGACCGAUAUCAAACGAAGCCCAAGCGAUUGCUGUUUGCGAUCCUGGCCUAAUACCGAUGAACAACGAUGGACCGUACGAACAGACAGAUGCAACAGCGAUGUUUCGUGGCAGAGAUCGCAUCUCCUUACUCAAGCAUGGAUUCAGGGUAAAGGGCAGCAAGGGUACCAUUCCUUUGGUGAUUUUAUUAAUAGAUCGUCCUUGAAGUCAACUCCGUUGGAUGGCGUCGAAGGCUUACCGCCCGACUUGAUUAUACCAAGGAUAUCGAUUAUAAAUGCGAGUAAUUUCGAGUCAAACGAAAGUUCCGUGUACUUGCACGACGACAAGUACAGCAACUACUCGGACAAUAAGCUGAGCACAUACUCGGAUGGCCGAACGAAGAGUCUAAGCGGCGAGGCGUUCAGUUCAGAAAAAUCAGACGAACUUUGCGACAAAAUAGACGAUGAGAGUAACAGACUGAAUUCGAAGAAAGUAGGUAUCAAAGCGGAUAUGUAUCUGCAGAACAUAGGCGAGCUUCUAACGAAUCAAGAUACUUGCACGAUGAUUGUUAGUACAAAUCUUUUUCAAAUGGGAAGCAAAACGGAUGAAAGCAAAAUGUGCGAUGUCAAAGAACAACAUUUAAAUGAAAUUAUAGAUACCGCGCAGAACGUGAAACAUAACGACAGGAGGGAUCAGUAUGUCAUUCACUGUCCCAAGGGACAAACUUUAAGAUUCCAGACGUCUCCAACAUUACAGGAGACUGAAGUUCGUCUCGAAGAAAGGGAUAUAUCGGAUAAACCCUCCGAAACGGAGGCGGAUAGUAUGAAAGAGGAGCAAACGAAUUCCAAUAAAAUAGACGUAUGCAACGAAGUAGAAAUUUCGGGAUGCGAAGGCAAUAAUGAAAUUCUGGCUUUGAGAGAAACUACGAGAAGCAAUUCCGUGCAAAGUCAAGAUACCGGGGAUUACACUGAGAGCGUUAAAUUGAAAUUGAAAGCGUGUAAAGUCACGGAAAGGUGUAAACACAAUAUCGUUGGGAAGAAGAACACGACGAACGGGGAGCCUGAAUCGGGUACGAUGUUUGGCUUGAGUCGUGAGAUACUCAACAACAAUAACAACAACCACAACGGCAGCAACAAUAACAACAACGGCGCAACAACCAUCACGAGAUACAUACACAUUAAGCACGCGGAUUCGUCGGUUAAGAUUUUCCGCGAGACGACAGUUUGAUACCGCAGCCGCCAUUCAAACCGAAUUACGUGAACUGAUAUUUCUCGAUCGCGUCGCAACGAAUCGCAUUUAUCGAUUCUAACCUAUCGAUCGGACGCGAAUGCGAAUCGCACGGCAUUGUCUUUGAACUCGUCGCGAUACACUUGCGCAUAAGUCAAGUCACGAGAUGUAUGGUAAAGUCACGCAAAGUUACGUUAACAUCGGGAUUAUGGCAGAAUUAUUUUACGCGUCGAGCAACUAGGCUAGGUUUUUACGCUAUACGAACCGGCGAAGAAUGUCGCGACCGGCAAGCCGUGUCCUCGAUCAAAAUAUUUUUUGCGCGAUUCGACACGAUGUUCGUGGACCGUUAAUUCUUGUGUGACCUUUUCAAAUAAUGUAACCAGAUUUAUGAGCCCCCUAUACAAUAUGGCACGAAUUAAAGCGUACUUGCUCCUCCUAUAAGGAGAACUAUAAUUAAGGAACUUAAACUUUGAACGUCGGGAUGCUUUAGCGUGCUCAUUUAUAAAAGGCUAAACAACAUUCUUGUAUUGCAGAAGGCUAAUUGUAUUCGCGUUAGCAUUUAUGGUUUCUUUUUGAACAAUGAGAAUCGAUCACUACCUACGUUAACACUUUACCGACCACGAUUGGACAUGUAAUUAAAUUUCAUGAUAUCUUUUAUUUUCAGAUUAAUAUAUAUAUAUAUUAAUCUGAAAAAAAUAUAUAUAUAUAUAAUAUAUAUGUAUAUAUAUGUAUAUGUAUAUAUAAAAGUAAUGUCGUUUCUUUUACAUUCAAUUCAAACUUUCCAAUAAAUUUCUAUCUUUAAUUCACUAUACAAUCGCCCUCAUUGUCAGAGCAGCCUUGUCACCUAGUGUGCAAAUUUUCAAUGCCAGAAAUAUCAAUGAGCUGAUAAAUGAUAAACAAGUAUUUAAGAUGACCAAAAUGACAUUACUUUCCAGUCCACCUAAUAAUAUAUAUAUCUUAAUAAUAAUGAGAGCAUACGAUGCUAUCCUGGUAAUAGACAACAAAGUAUUGCCAUGGUAAAAAUUCAACUAGUAGGCUACCAGUCGGUAAAGUGUUAAUACAACCUAUCGAUAAGUGUACGUAAUACCUACAUAUGUCAAAGGGAAAUUGAUACAUCUGGUGACGUUAUUCUUAAAUGUUGGAUUAAAGACGUAAAUGUUCUCGUAGAGCGUUUGGGUGUCGUUAAAUGUGUCAUGGAGAUACGACUGUAGCGUGGGGAAAUGAUAACUUAACAUUAUAAGUUGUGAAUGUAUUUGGAAUUAUUAAUGUAACGACGCGUAUCUGUCGGUACAAUCGCGUACGCGAUAAAUAACUGUUUUACUUUUUAAGUGUUCGGUGUUCCUACACUAUAUUCUCGCGAAGAGUUCUUCCCGUAAAGACGAGCAGAGAUAUAUACAUAGAUAGCGUUUUCGAGGAAUAUUGUUCGAUGCGACAUUACCGUGGCACCUUACUUUUUCCAUAAUUGUUGUUUAAACUAGGAGGUUAGAAUUGCUACGAUUGCUGCCAAAAUAAUUCGAUUUAAUUUUUUUGCAACGAUUCGAGCAGUUUGAAAUUUUAUUGCACAACGUUAACCACGAUUACCUCCGAAUUUAUAAACGGAUGGUUACACCUGAGGCGGGCAAUUGAAAUUUCCAGUUGCAACUUCGCGCGUGGCGAUUCUUUUAUUUACGACUUCGAAAGUACAGUGUAGGACGAAAUUAUAGUCCACCCAACGUUUUUAUCUACAUUUAGAGAUAUACGUAACGAAAACCUUGGUGGGUUAUCGCUUUGUCUCGCACUGUACACGCAUGCUCGCGUAUUCAUCCCUAUCGAUAUAUCGACGGUGCUUCCACGAGAAAUCCGUCACAGUCGAAUACAUAUAUACGUAAUUGUGUGUGGUGUUUUAUCGUAUGCGAUUUCAACCAGGGAAGUUGAAGAAAAAUUAUUAUCAUUAAAAAUUAACGAGCUUCCCUUGCGAGUCGUUCGAUGUUCAAAGAGAAAGUUGGCAAUUUCCGACGAAACUUGUUCAAAGACAUUUGAUCCACGAUAAUUUCUAAAUCCGAUCCAGUUGAACUAAAUUCGAGGGUACAUUCCACUAGGGUAACUACUAGCUAGUGAACUCCAAGCCGACAAAGCAAAUAUAUUAUAGGAAGUAAACGUUAAAAAAAAGAAAUACUCUGUAGACGUCAUAGAACGUACGCAUUUGCACGCAAUAUAACUGUACUCCCCAUGUACCUACGAUGAAUGUCAAAAAUCCAUUGCGGACGCUUGCCGCUGAUACUUAAGAGCCCUUGUAACACCGCCGCUAACUUUACGCUAUUGGCGAAUUCGCAUGGGAAUAAGGCAUUUUACCAAUGCUGUCCACAAAUACGUUUACUGAGAAGAUGAGAACGAGGUAAACUAAACUGCGACAGGGUCGAAUCAGAUGGCAAUGGAAUCAAGUAUUUUUUAAUUCUAUAUAGCAUAUCAGUAUCUGAAUAGGACUGAUUCUCCGCGCACAAACCGUAUCACACGUCCCUCGUCAAAUCGGCGUGUUGACACCAGUGAUGGGCAAAACCCUAGGCUUCGAAUAAAUCUGAAGUUUGCUAAUGUCGGAAAACUUUAGAUUUAUUCGAAGCCUAGGGUUUUGCCCAUCACUGGUCGACACAGGGAAUUAAUGCGAGUCCUAUUAUGUGAUUGGUGUCUACAUCUUUUCGGUAAACGGAUAAUAGUCUUUACGCGCCUUUGAACUCUUCCAUGCGUCGUGCUGUGAUUGCAAAACACGGCAUAGGCUGUGACCAGGCACGUCCACACGAGGCUCCGAAGCUCAAGCACUUGUUACGACUAUGUCCCGAUAGGGUGGGCGUUACUACACAUUACGACUGCGCGGUCUCUCGAUUCACUCUGUUCCGGGGGCUAUGCCAUAGUGGCGUCUCUUUCUCUCUCACGACCAUGGCGCAUGGAAGGGAUGAGUCGCGCGUGGAAGGGGAAGGGGUUUCGCGAAAGGCUCCGCCGUGGGCGACGCUGCUUCGCGCGGUGCCCUUCCUCGCAACUUUCUUCGCAUUUCUAUUUUUUAAUUUAGAGAACUGUUAAAGAUUUUCGAACAAAACUCGCCGGACCAUUACACCCCCCGCGUUUUGCGCUUUCGAUUAUUGCCUUUGGUGCGACAAACGACGUAUAUAGUUAUUUUAUAAGAACAGUUAUUGUAUUCGGAGAAAUGGUAAACUCGAGGGACUCGAGACGUUUACCUACGACUGCUUUUAAAUCCGUUCCAUCUUACACGUUUUGCGAGUUUAACGCGACAGCGACGUCGGUAAGCGUAGACGUAGUAAUUGAAUGUCUUCGAGGUUUUUACGCUUACUCGACGGAAAGCCUUGCUGCUUGUUUCGCGACAUACACACAAAUUUUACUCGAGCUCCCCUUAAAAUUCCUUUGCCAAACGCUACUCGAAAUGUCUACCAAUGUGUAUGUCGACGAUAAUCGGAAGUCAUUCCUUGAGAAUUACCCGUAAGAUAAAGUCAACGCGCGAGGAGAAUGUAAUAGACUUAUAGGGUUGACUAAUUUAGCGAAACAUUCCUUUGCAUAUCUGAGGCCCGCUGGCCUCCCUAUAGCUCAGGUACCUCGCCAUCGCUAAACCCGUACUGUAGCUACGAUCAAAUAGCUACAGCCCUUGAGGGAGUAAGGGUGUCCCAAAAAUGUUGUAACACCUUGAAAGGGGUGAUUCGGGAGGUGAACUUUUUCCUUAGCGAAAAUGUUGUCCGAGGCUUCGUUGAGGAGAUAUUAACGGAAAACCCCGGACCAAUCAGAACGCGCGUAUACCGGUGGAGCGUAGGCUACGCGCUAGCCUGCUUCGCUCAUACGCUACAGCGGCCGCUCCACCAGUAUACUCGCGCUCUGAUUGGUCAGUGUUUUCCGUUAAUAUCUCUUCAACGAAGCCUCGGACAACACUUUCGCUAAGGAAAAAGUUGCUUCAAAUCACCUCCCGAACCACCCCUUUCAAGAUGUUACAUCAUUUUUGGGACACCCUGUAUAUACAGGGCAGAGGUGAUUUGAAACAACUUUUUCCUUAGCGAAAAUGUUGUCCAAGGCUUCGUUGAGAAGAUAUUAAGGAAAAACACUGACCAAUCAGGGCGCGAGUAUGCCGGUGGAGCGUAGGCUACGCGCUAGCCGGCUUCGCUCAUACGCUACAGCGGCCGCUCCACCAGUAUACUCGCGCUCUGAUUGGUCAGUGUUUUCCGUUAAUAUCUCCUCAACGAAGCCUCGGACAACACUUUCGCUAAGGAAAAAGUUGUUUCAAAUCACCUCCCGAACCACCUCUUUCAAGGUGUUACAACAUUUUUGGGACACCCUGUAGUUCAGUGUACGCUACUAAUGUCUAACCAAUUUUCAAAUGGUCGCUAUGGUGCAUCCCAUGGAAGUCUAUUAUUCUUCUCGCGUGUCGACAAUAGUUGCAGCUAAAGCGUAUAAUUCAACGCAUAGGUAGAACCUGUAUGGAGUACCUGAUCAGUUCAAACAAAGUAUGAAAUACGCUGUUGUGUCUCUCACGUCAUCUCGAUUAAAUAACACUGUUUCGCUCCAUGCAAUACAUAGAAAUUACAUAGGAGUCUGAGUUAUACGCUUUACCUGUAAUGCGAUAAAUUAACUCUAUGUGCGGUAUUGAUAUAUUCAUAGUAUUAAGGAUGUGACGCUUUUACCAAACUGGUUUUAGGAUCUUCCUUGCGGGCAAGUUUUUCGAGAAACCUUUUCGGUAACCUGGAUCAUCGUUUUCCUUGAAAUUCGUAUCAUGGGAAGUCGAUGAUCCUUACUACUCGGUGACAUCUUCAGUUUGAUAAACUAGUCGAAACGAAGAGCAAGUUUUAUUAACGAGAAAACGAAAUUUGUUAGUUACUCGAAGCGACACGUUUCGCUUCGAUGGAAUUGAAAUUUUAAAGUGCGCGAUCGAAAGCCUUGCUUGCUCCGAUGCUUUGAAGGAUACAUUAUUUCCUUCCGUCUUCCGACGGCAGGUAACCGUUGUACUUUUAUAUAUAUGAAUGUACUUAUAUUUUGUACUGGCAGUACCUUGCAAGACCAUAAUAUGUUGAACGAUGAGAUUAAUUAUAUGUACAUGCGUAAUGUCAGUGUUGUAUGAAUAAACGUUUUACAGUAGGGUCGUUACUUUUGUCGACCAAGAGAGUUGGACGAUGUUCUGUUAAGUUUUCGAGCCGAAUGUAAACUAAAUUGUGAUGCACUUAUUUCAUGUAUUAGAGUAUACAAAGGAAAAUAAAGUUAACGUUCUACAGUGUC